AUGGCAAAACAAAUUUUAAUCCCAUUACCAAUUCCUACUUUCUCACUUUUCUCCCUCUCCCCUUUCCUCCGUCAAAUCCGCCGGAAAAUACCUGCACCGACUACCGCCUCCCGUCCUAGAGCUAGAAAGAAAUCGCCAAAGGAUUCCGGCAUGUCUGUCGCGAUCUCCAUUCCUUCCACCGCUCUUCGACGCGACUACAGUUCUGAACCGUUAUUGGAUUCCAGAUUUCGGAAAGGGGAAGUCCUGACAAGCAAUGUAGAUGAUGAGACUGACUCAUCCAGGAAAACUACUGCACGCAAAAAUAGAUAUUCUAUUAGCUCCAUCAGUUGCUUUGGGGUGGAGUUGACCCCAGAUAGCAUUGCGGUUGCUAUGGUUUAUUUCGUCCAAGGUGUCUUGGGCCUCUCAAGGCUUGCAGUCAAUUUUUACUUGAAAGAUGACCUGCAUCUAGACCCUGCAGAGACAGCUAUCAUAUCUGGCGUCUCAUCAUUACCCUGGCUUGUUAAGCCCCUGUAUGGGUUCAUCAGUGAUUCCUUCCCGCUUUUUGGCUACCGAAGACGGUCAUACUUGGUUCUGUCAGGACUUCUGGGAGCUCUCUCAUGGACUUUGAUGGCUACCUUUGUUGACAGCAAAUAUGGCGUUGCUUUCUGCAUACUUCUUGGUUCUCUUUCUGUAGCCUUUUCUGAUGUAGUUGUAGACUCCAUGGUUGUAGAGAGGGCUCGGGGUGAGUCACAAAGCAUGUCAGGCUCUCUCCAGUCUUUAUGUUGGGGUUCGUCAGCUUUUGGGGGCAUUGUGAGUUCCUACUUUAGUGGUUCCUUUGUAGGUGCAUAUGGUGUGAGAUUUGUCUUUGGAUUGACAGCAUUGCUUCCAUUGAUGACAUCUGCAGUUGCUGUACUCGUGAAAGAGCAGCCUGUGUGUGGCCCCGGAAUGGGGCUGAAUUUAAUGAGCAGUUCUGACUUUGUUGAAAGCGCGAAACAUAGCAUUACACAAUUGUGGGAUGCAGUUAAGCAACCCAAUGUAUUUCUUCCCACCCUAUUCAUUUUUCUGUGGCAGGCGACACCGCAGUCUGAUUCCGCCAUGUUUUAUUUCACUACAAAUAAGCUUGGUUUUACUCCAGAGUUUCUGGGACGUGUUAAAUUCGUCACUUCAGUUGCAUCACUUCUUGGCGUUGGACUUUAUAAUGGAUUUUUGAAAAAGGUUCCCUUGCAGAGUAUUUUUCUUGUGACUACUUGUAUUGGUUCAGCUCUCGGGAUGACUCAAGUUUUGCUUGUUACUGGAUUAAACCGGCAGUUGGGUAUAAGUGAUGAGUGGUUUGCCAUUGGUGACUCAUUGAUAAUAACGGUUCUUGGUCAGGCUUCCUUUAUGCCUGUUCUUGUGUUAGCAGCAAAAAUAUGUCCACAAGGGAUGGAAGCAACUCUCUUUGCAACCCUUAUGUCCAUAUCGAAUGGCGGGAGUGUCCUUGGUGGCUUGAUUGGAGCCGGGCUAACCCAGGUUUUUGGUGUUACUAAGGAUAAUUUUAACAACUUGGUUUUCCUGAUUGUUCUUUGCAAUCUGAGCUCAUUGUUACCUUUGCCGCUACUUGGCCUCCUUCCUCGAGAUAAUUCUGAUGAUACUAAAGAAAGUGAUGGCGUUGAAAUGAAAUCUAAUUGA